GGAACGCAUGUCUGGUUGCACAAAAUCCGGAGUGAGGGGCUGAGAAAGUAGCGGCACGAGGUUUCGUUUUCCUUUUUGUUUUUGUUGCUGUUUUUCUUUCCUAAUAAUCUCUCACUCUCUCUCUCUCAGAAACUGUCCCCUCUCUCUCUUAGUUAAUUCCAUUGUUUGCUAUAAAUAAAGUAUAAGCCCCCAAAAAACCGAUUUGAACUUAUCUUCAAAAAGAAAAGAAGAAAAAAGGGGUUAGACAAUUUGAAACUUUCUGGAACAAACUAGAACACACAUGGGUGCUUAACUUCCAGUGGUUAGCACAUGUGGGUGUCUUGGUCUCUUGAUCAUCACAAGGUCUCGCUUGUCUUGCCGGUUCUGAUAAGUAGUAUCAUCUUUUCUUGCUGCUAUGUUCAUCGGCUGUAUGCCGAUCCAUGAAUUUGUGUACAAAUAUUGAUUUCUUACAGUUUAAUAAUUGGGUGUUGAUGUUUUUUUUUUCUUUGGGGGUUGUUAUAUUGUUGUACAUAAUUGUUUGAUCAGAGCCUCAGAUAAUUAGUAGUAAUUAAGCAUAGUUUAGUGAAUGUGAGAUCGCUUUCUUUGAUGAUAUAAUUUGGGUUAAUUGUUUAUUUUGAUAGAAUCACAAAAGGCAGAUGAUUUAUGUUGCUUCUCUGUUGAGGUUCUGAUAGCCAAAGCGGGCCCUUUUUCUCUCUUUUGCUUCCUUAAUUAGAUACAAUCUCCCCUUGCACUCAUCCGUACACAGAGAAACCUAUAGUCUAGCAAUAUCCAUUUUGCUCUCUACUCAAAAUAUAAAGCAUUACUCAAAAGUGUUUCAAGUUGCAUAUUUUUAAGAAUUUUUCUGGGACAACAAAACCAAAAAAAAAAAAAAGAGAAAUAUCUGAUAUGAAAGGCGUGCAGCAGCACCUGCGUUGUGAAGAUCUGCAAGCAGGAGCCAGAAAUGAAGCAAACCCUUCAGGGUUUGAUGCUCCUGAGGUAGAAAGAGUGAUGGGUACAGAAGAAAGAGAGAUCUGGCUUUAUAGGCAGCAAGAUGACUUGCUUGAUGUUAACGAUGCUUCAAUUUUCUAUGGUGAUUUCCCUCCUCUGCCUGAUUUCCCUUGCAUGUCUUCUUCUUCGUCCUCUUCGUCGACUCCGGCACUUGUAAAGGCCUUUGCAUGUUCUUCUUCUGCUUCUACGGCAUCGUCUUCUUCUUCCGCGGCUUCUUGGGCAGUUUUGAAGUCAGAUGCAGAUGAAGAUGUGGAGAGAAAGAAUAAUGGCCAUGGUCAUCAUCAUCACCAUCAUCAUCAUCAUCAUCAUCAUCAUCAUAAUCACCACCACCACCAUGGUCAGCAUGAUCUAGUGGAUGGAACACCAGCAGCGUUAUCUUCUACCGUCUCCAUGGAGAUUCUUCAGCCGUCAGAUCAUGUUAUGCAUGGUGUUGAUUGUAUGGAUGUUAUGGAGAAUUUUGGGUACAUGGAUCUGCUUGACAACAAUGAUUUUUUCGAUCCUUCUUCUAUAUUUCAACAUGAUGAUACUGGUCUAGAGGAGUUUCAACAAGAGCAAAAGCCACAGCAGGAACAGUCGCAACAGCCGGAGCAAGAAGUACCGACGAUAUAUAGCAAAAAUGAAGAAACCCAAGAAGAAAAAUCUUCGGAUGAUUUAGCCAUGGUGUUCUUGGAGUGGCUCAAGACCAACAAGGAGACUGUUUCAGCAGAGGACUUGAGGAGAGUUAAAAUCAAGAAAGCUACCAUAGAGUGUGCUGCCAGGCGUUUAGGUGGAGGCAAAGAGGCCAUGAAGCAGUUGUUGAAGCUUAUUCUUGAAUGGGUUCAAACCAAUCAUCUUCAAAAAAGGCGCAUCAAAGAAUCAGCCUCCAAUAACAAUAUUGAUAUUCCCUACCAAUACCAAGACAACUUUCAAAACCCUAACCCUAAUCCAAACCCUACCUCGAACCCAAACCUGAGUUGCGAUUCUGGCCCACCACCUGAACCAAACUCUUGUUUCUCUCAGCCACCCUGGAUUCCACAACCAACGUAUGUAACGGAUCCGGUGGCCGUGGUCCCAGGUUUUGCACCAACGGUCGGGCAUAUGGGCGACCCGUUUUUAAAUGGAGCUCCUAAUAUCAAUAGCCAUCCUUAUCAGCCUCCAACAGAUUAUCCAAUGCUGGACUCAGCUCAAACAUGGCCGCCUUCACAAUUUGCUUUGGCUUCUCAGUACAACUCAUUUCCAGACAAUAAUCUUCAUCCGGCUGCACAUCAACCAUCUGCUUUUCCUGGGUAUGGGAAUCAAUAUCCUUAUCAGUAUAUCCAACGGCAUAAUAACGACCAAAGGUUGGUGAGGUUAGGCUCAUCUGCUACUAAAGAAGCAAGAAAGAAGAGGAUGGCUAGGCAGAGAAGGUUUGCACCACACCAUAGAAAUCACAAUUAUUAUAAUAAUCAGCAAAGCCAGCACCAAAAUCAGAGUGUUGACCAGCAUGUAAGACUUAUUAAAGAUAAUUGUGCGGCGGCGGCCCAAGCCAACUCCGGAAACUGGGUCUACUGGCCAGCGGUUGCCGGUGGGAUGGCUUCAAACCCUCCGCUUCUACCUGGUGAUGUUCCUGUGGUGCAUCCUGUGGAUCGACCCUCAAUGCAGGGGCAGACUUAUCAGCGGCACGUGGCAUCAGAUAGACGACAAGGAUGGAAACCUGAGAAGAAUUUGCGGUUUCUUUUGCAGAAAGUGUUGAAGCAGAGCGAUGUGGGUAAUCUUGGAAGAAUCGUGCUGCCAAAAAAAGAAGCAGAAACCCAUCUGCCAGAGCUAGAAGCAAGAGAUGGGAUCUCCAUUGCCAUGGAAGACAUAGGGACGUCUCGUGUAUGGAACAUGCGCUAUCGUUUCAGAUUCUGGCCAAACAACAAAAGCAGGAUGUAUCUCCUUGAAAAUACGGGGGAUUUCGUGAGAACAAAUGGGCUACAAGAAGGAGAUUUCAUAGUCAUAUACUCAGACGUGAAAUGUGGCAAAUACUUGAUACGAGGAGUUAAGGUACGGCAAUCAGGACCGAAAUCGGAGACCAAAAGACCAGGAAAAUCGCAGAAAAACCAGCAUUCAAAUUCUCCAGCGGCUGCUGCUGUUAAUGGUUCGUCAUCUUCACCCAUCAAACAGUAAAGUAAUAGGAGAAAAAAAUGAAUAAAAUAAAACAAUACAAAGAUAAGUACCAAACCAUCGCCGCAUUUCCUUCAUGCAUGAAAGUGAAUAAUGGACAAGUGGGCGGUCCAAGAUGGUCUUUGGCAAACCUCUUGAUCUGAAUAUCUGCCCCCACUUUGGUUUCUCCGUCGAAUGCUAGUAUUGGAAUCCCAACUGCCGAGACAAUUAAGGAGUUUUGGGGCUUUUGGAGACAAUGCGUUAUUGUGAUUCAUGCCAUGGUUGGCAGGCUAGGGAGUCAAGUCAAUUGAUCCACUCGUCACGCUUUCUCGAUUUCUGAUGUUUACUACAGAUUUUCCAAUGUGUAUGAUUUUACUUCGCACUA